AUGGAAGCCCCCACCAGGGCUGGCGCGGCCCCGCCCCCCGCGGCAGGUGACCCUGGCGCCGCGCGUCCGCCAGGCGCGGCGCACGCUGACCCGGCCGGCGCGCCCCUGAGCGCGGAGGUGCUGCAGGCCGCGCGCGAGCUCGUGCCGGGCGGGCGCGGCGGUGUCGCGGCAAUCGGGCUGAGCGGCCACGAGGCGCUCCACCUGGCGAGCCUGCUGGACUCCCCGGAGGUGGAGGCCUCGGCCCGGGAGUUCGGCGCGCUGCUGCCGCGCCUGGCGCGGCCUGGCGCGGAGGCGUUGAUCGGCGGGCUGCUGUCGGCGCUGCAGAGGCGCGCGGCCGAGCUGGCUGAGCUCGAGGCCGAGGCGCCGCCCUCGCAGCCGCACUGUGCCACCCCGCCGCCCUCUGCGCAGCUGCGCCGCGCUGCCUCGCCGCAGUCGCCCUGGACUGCGCUGUCGGACUGCGCUGCCCCGCUGCCGCCAGGCGCUCGGGCGCCGCCACCGUCGCCCGCGUCCACCCUCGGCUCGCCGGGCGCUCGGCGCAGCAGCGGCAGCGGCGGCCCAGCAAGGCGCGCCCUGCCGCAGGCGUGGGCGUGGACGGCGCCGCCGGCGCUGCCGCCGCAAGGCCGCGGUGGCGGCUCUGCGCCCAGCUCCACGUGCCCUCGCCCUGGGCAGCCUGGGGAGCGCUGGGGCGACUCGGCCGUCGGGUCGGUGCUCAGCGAGGGCCUCGGCGGCAGGCCCGCCUCUUGCUUCCUGGAGGCCGUCCUGGGCGCCCACGAGCGGGAGCUUGGGCGCGCGGCCCGCCCUCGCGCGCACGGCCGCCCAGGCGGAUGCGCCUCGGUGCCCAGCGGCAGCGGGCCAUGGAGGCAGCGUGUCUCCGCCGAGGAGGCCCGGGAGAUUGUCGACCGCCUCUACGCUUACGGCAUGCGGCGCCGGAGCUUGUCGUCGUCCAGAUCGCCGUCGCCGCCCAGCACGGCCCCCUCGCCGCCCGACUCCUGGGCGCCGCCCGUGCCGCUAGCGCGCGGCGGCUCACCGCACCGCUCGCCGGCCCUCAGCUCCCGCACGGCGGGGCCUGCGGGGCCGGAGUGCCGCCGCGCUGGCAGCCCCUCGGGGGUGCACGCGCGGCUGCACUGCCUCGGUGGUGACGAGAAUGAGGCACACACCCUCAGAGCUGUUGCUGCCGCCUUGAGGGCGGAGGAGGGUGACAAUGAGCAGCCAGGUAUAUGCGAUCUCAAGGUGAGCCGCGCUGCUGGGCUGUACGGCCGCCUCGGGGACGGCCUCGGGGGCCCCCUCGGGGCCCUGGCGGGCGGCUUCGCUGCCGUGGCGACGCUGGGCAGCGGCGGCGCAGGCGUGCUGCCCCCCACGCCGGAGCUGGCCGUCAGUAGCGCCAAGGCGUCGCUCUGCCCCGAGGUCGAGGAUGACGGCCUCGACGCCGAGGCCGUCAGCCUGGAGUUCCGGCGCAGAUGCCUCCAGGUGCACCCGCAGCGCGAGCUGGGCAGCCUGGACUCCUACCUGCGCGUGCGCUGCCACCUCGAGGUGGUGCGCCAGUCCCUCCUCGUGGCCAGCGCGCCGCUGGCCUACCCGGGCCCGCCGCAGCAGCCCGUCGGCGCGGAGGCGCCGCGCGCGCGCGUGCGCCCGCGCGCGCUCGGCGGGCGGCCCCCUCGCCGCGGGCCGAGCGCUCCGUCGCUCGUCGGCCUCGCCUCGUCGCCGCCGCCGCCGCGGACGCGUCGGCAGCGCCGGCGCGGCCACGGGCUCCAGAUCGGCGGCUCUGGGGCCUACAUGGUGAAGCUGUCUCUGCACGUGCCCUUCUUCAAGAGGAACUCGUCGGCGCCCUCGCUGAGAUCCCAGGCCGCGCUGCGAUGCCCGGCGGCCCUGCGCAGGUCUCGGCCCUCGCUCGCCCCCGACGCGGGCACCGCCGCCGCCUCCGCGGCCGGCGGCGACCUGCCGCCCGCGGCGGUGCAGGCCGACGCCGCGCUGGCCGCCGCCCGCGGCGGCAAGGGCAAAGGCAGAGGCAGGGGUGCUGCGGCCGCAGUCGCGGAGGGCCAGGGCGGGGCGCCGGGUCCGCCGCCGCCGCACGAGGCCCCCCCGCCGCCGCCCGGCACGGGCGCGCCGCCGCAGCCCAGCGAGGGCGCACCGCCGCCGCCGGGCAAGGGCGCGCGCCGCCGCCCGGGAAUGGGCGGCCGUCGGCCGCCCGGCAAGGGCGCGCCGCCGCCGCCGCCCGGCAAGGGCGCGCCGCCGCAGGGGGGGGCCCGGGGCCCGCCUCCGCCCGGCAAGGGGCGCUCGGCGCCGCCCGCCGCUGGCAGGGCCGCGGCGGCGGGCGCCCCCUCGCGGGAGGAGAAGGCGGCGUGGGCAGGCAGGACGAAGAACAACCUGCGCUGGCAGCGGAAGCUGGGCGUGCAGGAGGGCUGCGUCUUCGCGGCGGGCGAGGGCUCCGUGGACCUGGCGGCGCUCCAGGACUGCUUCGCCCGCGAGGCGCCAGAGGACCUUCGCGCCCGCUCGCGGCCCAUGACCCCCGGGCGCCUCGAGCGCCCGGUGCUGUGGGAGGGGAACGACAAGCAGGAUCCCAAGAAGCGCCGCACUGGCAUCGCCAUCCUCAUGAAGACGUGGGAGAAGUUGGCGGACGCGUUCUUGGACAGGCUGAGGCGGCUCGAGCUGCAGGCCAUCCUCGAGGACGGGGACUUCAAUCAGGACAUCUUCGAGCAGCUGAUCGACGUGGUGCACAGCGUCUCCACAGGGGAGUGGGAGCGUCUCAGAGAGGACGGCGCGCAUGCAAGAUAUGAGUGGGAUGGCAACACCGAAGGCUUCUUCCAACGCUUGCAGAGCAUCUCCUUUUUUAGGGAGCGGCUUUCCGGCCUCCACGGAUACAUCAUCAUCGAGAGGGACUUGCGCAGACUCACAUGUCGCGUCGGCAAGCUUGCGGGCGGAGUGCGGGCGAUCCGAGGCUCGAGGGCCUUGGAGUGCUUCCUGCGGAAGCUGCUGCACAUCGGCAACUGCCUCAACGCGGGCUCGAGCGCUCUGGGGCGCGCCGACGGCUUUGACGCGGUGCAUGCGCUGGAGAAGACGCUCUUGAUCGACAUGCCGAAGGGAUCGGACGGUAAGACCUCCCUGCUGCAGCACAUGAAGGAGAAGGAGCUAAGCCCCGGUCAGCGCGAGGCGUUCGGCGACCUGGAGAAGCAGUUGCAGGGCUGGAAGAUACCCUCCUCCUCGGAUGCAGAGCAGGAGGCAGACCCCACCAACUUGCUGGACCUCAAGGGCGAGGUCGACAGCGCCACCCAGGUCCUGUCGAAGCUGGAGGGCUAUCUGGCCGGCGCCAUCAACCGGCACCGGGCGUGCCUCUUCGAAGCGGCAUCCCACCGCGGCGAGUUCUGCCCCAGGGACCUCGACAGUAGGCGGCAGCACCUGACGGAGCGGCGGGCGCUGCUGGACAGAUACGACGAGCGGCUCAAGGGCUUCCGUUCGCGCUUCGCGAGGCUCCGCGCCGACAUCGAGGAGCUGCAGACGGAGCUGCCCGCGCUGCACGGCUGGCUGCUGCACGCGCCCCCAGAGAAGAAGCGGCUCAGCGCGGGGCGCGUGCUCGGCGUCGUGUCCGCGCUGGCCCAGCGCCUGGCGCCCGACAAGGAGGCCGGCACGCUGAAGAGGGGCGCGACUGGCACGCCGCGGCUGUUCCGGAGCGCCAGCGCGGACUCGGUGGCGGGCAGCCCGGUGCCGAGCGGCCCGCCGCAGCCGCAGGGCCUGGCGCAGAUCGAGGCCGAGCUGGGGCGGAGCUGCGCGGAGUCCGCCACCGCGGCGGCGGACCUCUCGGACGCGGGGCUGCAGGCGUGGAACGCACGGAUCAGCGACUACCUCCUGGACCUGGCCUGGCAGAAGGACUGCCUGACCUCGAUGCUGGAGCAGAUGCGUGCCACGGAGGCGUACGAGGUCCUCGGGGUGAGCCCAGACGCCACCGAUGCCGAACUCGCGAAGGCCUACAAGCUCGCGGCCAUGCGCAGCCACCCGGACAAGGGAGGCGACCCCGAGCAGUUCAAGGUGCUCCGGACCGCCUACGACAGGAUCUUGGCGGAGCGCAAGGGUUGCAAGGAUGCUUCCGGACCUCGAGGAGGCACUGGCGAGGCGCCCUCUGGCGACAGCCCGCCGACGCCGCCGGCCGCCGCCGCUGGCGCCCCCGCGCCGGGCGAGGGCGCGGACGCGCCCGCGCCGCCCCCGGCCGCAGACGAGGCAGCGCCCGCGCCCGUCGACGCCGAGGACGCCCCAGAGGCCUGCUCGCCGAGGAGCGGGGCGGAGGCGGGCGCCGAGGCGGCGGAGGCCGCGCCCGCCGGCGCGGAGGGCGCCACGGAGGCCAGCGCGGCGAGCAGCGGCACAGAGGCGGAGGACAGCGAGGACGACGAGGGCGAGGAGGCGGGCCCCGCGGCCGCGGCGGCGCACGCCCCGGCGGAGGCGGCCGCGGGCGGCGGCGGCCCAGGCAGCGGCGGGCGCAGUUGCGCGGGCGCGGGCGCGGGCGCGGGAGGUGGCCCCGAGCGCGCGGGCCUCGACGUCGCCGAGCUGAUCCGCGGCAUCCCGGUGGAGGCGGUGGCCACGCAGGCGGAGCUCUGCCUGGACGCCGCGGAGAUGUGCGCGAAGGUGGCGAAGAUGGCCGAGGAGGCCGCCGAGGCUGGGGGUCGGGGCUGGCCGCAGCUCCUGCGGUGCGGCACCCAUCUGCUCGACAGCUCCCACUGUGCGACCGAGGCCGCCCGCAGCAUCGCGCGCUGCGCUUCGGGCAUCCCGUCGGACGUGAUACCCCUCCUGGAUCGCGUGAAGACGACGAUGGGCAUCGACCGCAAGGUCAUGAACGUGACCCGGGACCUCAUGCGCUGCACCGAGGUCAUUUCCGAGCGCGGUCUGCAGACCGCCCGCCUGUCCGACAGGCUCCUCGAGCACUCCAAGGAGGUCCUGCAGGCGCUCCGGGGCGCCCCCGCCGCCGCGGCCGCGCCCGGGCGGGCCUGCCUCGUGCUGGCGGACGCCCUUCGGGCCCUGGCGGGCGGCGCGCGGGAGGCGGCGGACGCCGCGGCGGCGACGGCCACGGCGGUGGGCGACGCGCAGUGUCUGGGGCAGACGCUGGCGGAGAUGGUCGAGAAGCUGAGGAAGAGCAGGGGCGAGGCUGCCGAGGACGCAGGGGACGGCCCGUGAGCGCCAAGCCGUCCGGUCCGCGCUCGGGUGUCGCCCCCCUUCGGCCAGGGAGGCACGAGCACCGUCCCGACUCGCCGUGGCCCUUGGGCGGCGCU